CACAACGUGAUCAUGGCAACUACACCUUCGUCCACGACAAGACAGCAGCAGGCAUGCAGCCGCUGAGCGGGACGGAGAAGACUGGGCUGGGCGGGCUGUCGUUCCUGUGCCUCACCAUCCUCAUCAGCUCUUGGCGCAAUGAUGGCGAGCCUCUCUACGCGUCGUUGGCCAUCAGCGGUCUCGCUUACGCUUUCACGUACUGCACAAUCAGAUGGACGGGAGAUGUCUUUCUCGCAAACGGCUUUGGCGGAGAAGACAAGUCGAAAAAGCACAAACCGAGACUGCCUGAAAUGAUGGGGCUCAUCUGCGGUUUGGUAUACCUGCUGACCCUCAUCUUCUUCCUUCCCUUUGCUUUCAGACGAGACAUUGUGGAAGUGACGUCGGGAGGCGGUAACAAGGAUCGUGUGUUGGAAGCACAGCAUAUUGAGACAGGACGCUUUCUCCACAAGUUUCCCCUGGAAAAGCUCGCCUCCUAUGGCUUUGCAUACAGCACAUUGUCGUCUGUCGUCAUCCUGGGCAUCUUGGACGACACCUUCGACAUGAGAUGGCGACACAAGUUCUUUAUUCCGGCGUUUGCAGCACUGCCAAUGCUUGGGCUCUACUUUGUGGACUUUGGCGUCACCCAUGUUGUGGUUCCACUCCCCUUUCGCAGCUACCUCGGGGAGCUCAUCGAUCUCGGCGCGCUAUAUUACGCCUACAUGGCGGCAAUAUCGAUCUUCUGCCCCAACAGCAUUAACAUCUUGGCGGGCGUCAACGGCAUUGAAGUCGGUCAGUCACUAGUGAUUGCACUUUUGAUUGCGCUGAACGAUGUGCUGUACCUGCUGCCCACGGUACAGCAGCCACACCCGGCGGCAGAGUCUCACUUGUUCAGCAUCUACUUGCUCCUGCCAUUCAUGGGAGUGUCACUUGCAUUGCUGAAACACAAUUGGUUUCCGGCCAAGGUCUUCGUCGGAGACACCUACUGCUACUUUGCGGGCAUGGUGUUUGCGGUCGUCGGUAUCCUGGGACACUUCAGCAAGACCUUGCUGCUGUUGUUCAUUCCGCAGAUCUUCAACUUCGUUUACUCGGCGCCACAGCUAUUCAAGCUGGUCCCAUGCCCGCGUCACAGAAUGCCAAAGUUCAACGCGCGCACCGGACUGUUGGAGCCGUCAACAGCAAACCCUAGUGAACCGGGCUGGAAACCUAUCCGCCCACUAAUCGGGCAGGUGCUCAAAAUUUUGCACAAGCUGAAGCUCGUCCGCAUCGCAGUCGACGAGACCGGGAACGUUGUCGAGACCAGCAAUCUCACCCUUCUCAACCUUUGGUUGGUGUGGAGGGGCCCGCUCCGAGAAGACAGAUUGGCGCUGGAAGUGCUGGUGAUGCAGACGUUCUGCGGGCUGGCAGCAUUGUGGACGCGACAUUUCUUCGCGAGGAUGCUCUUUGCCAUGGACAACCGGUUCUGAGAAACGGCAGUUCGGAGUUGCGGCCUUGCAUCGAGAAUCUGCCAUUUCACCAAAUCAAGCCGUGCAUAGAUAGAUCCUUCAAGCAACUGUCAGCAGCCUAUACGCGGUUCUAGAUGCGCCAGGGCUCGCCAACUGGGUGUACGGCACCACGGGCACAUGGCCAGCCAGCAUGCUGUGGAUUUUGAAUGAAGCGGACGCGCCGGUCCCACAAGAGCUCCUUAGCCGUUUCCACUGCACACUCUCAUAUCGUUCCCGGCUGCAGAGGGACCCGAAACCAGAUUGAUCAGGGCGGCAAGCGCAGUGUUCUGGCGUCUGGCUCAUCUGUUCGAAACAUUAUGGAGCACAGCGAAAUUUGCGAGCCGAACCGAGGUGCAGCUUCCCG